AUGGCAGAUACUCCAGCUGCAAACAGUACGGUGAGGAAGCAUCUUUCACGCAUUUCCAACGACGUUCUUCGAAAAUGUGCCCUGAAGCUCGACACCGGUGCGGAAACACUGGUGGAAGAAUUCGAGAAGGAAUGGGGCCCACAAGUGGGGGAUUACUCGAAGAAAUUGGUCGAAUUUUGCUGCUCAAAAGCACUUUCAGCAAUGUGCGGCGCAAUUGACGAAACGAUAAGCGACGGUUCGUUCAGCCGGUUCACCUUCGAUAUGAUGCUUGCUUGGGAAAUGCCUACGUCAGCAGAUGAAGAAUCUCACAAUGAGUGUGUGGCUAAAGAGAAAGAAGAGAAGGUUUCGACUGCGGCCGACCAAUUACACGACGAUGUAUCGCUUUUCUACUCCGAUUUGAUGCCUCUCCUUGUGGAUAGAGAGCCAAGUGCAGGAGAAGAUGCAUUUGUAUGGCUAGGAACACUUGUUCCUUUAGUAGUCGACAUGGUCAACGGGAUUACUUUCGAGACAUUGACCGCACCCACCGGGAAUCGGCUUCACUUUCCGGCUUACGACAAGUUUUUGAAAGAAAUUCACGGAUGCAUAAAGCAUUUACAGACGCAAGAAACUCCAACGGGGGUAGUGCUAGCUGACGAUGAAUUUAUAUUGCAUGUCGAAGGAACCGCAAGUUCACAGAGAGUGAUUCGUCAUAUCGGUGGGACCAGUUGGCCUGGCAGAUUGACAUUGACAAACUACGCCCUCUACUUCGAGGCAUCAGGCAUAGUUUCCUACGAAAAAGCACUAAAACUCGACCUUUCGAAAGACACUCAGCAAACUGUGAAACCCAUCGCUACUGGUCCAUGGGGCGCCCCUCUUUUCGAUAAAGCCAUAGUAUAUGAAUCUCCUGAAAUGCAAGAAGGUGUUGUGCUGGAGUUUCCGGAGAUGACGAGCUCGACAAGGCGGGACCACUGGCUCGCACUCGUGAAGGAGAUCACGUUACUCCACCAUUUCCUCACACAGUACAAGGUGGAAUCUCCGCUAGAAGUGUGGGAGAUGCACUCGAGGGCUAUUUUGGGUAUUAUAAGACUCCACGCGGCGAGAGAGAUGCUUCGGAUUUCGCCACCCGAGCCUAAAAGCUUUCUAAUAUUUGCAUUGCUUGAUGAAUUGCCGAAGGGAGAUUACGUACUUUACGAGAUCGCCGAGAGUCUGAAGAAGAAGCUCACGGGCAGUUCGCACUCGUGCAGCGCCAGCUCGAUUUUGAGGAAUUUGAAUGUUCCUCAACACUGUGUUGUUUCUUGCAUUGAGGCGAAAGGGGUUAUGGAUGAGGGCGAAAUCGUCCGGCCCGAAAAGUUGUCGUCGUUGGAGAGUGCUAUAAACCAAGCACGAGAGGAAGCUAAGGAAAUCGACAUUGCUAAAUCCACUACCGACGGAUUAAAAGAGGAAGGUAUAAGCGAAAGCGCUCAAGUUCUUAUGGGGUUGCUAGAUCCACUAAAAAGUUUAGUCCCUUGGUCUCGAGCUAUUCUCACAUGGGAACGGCCUAUGGCAACUUGUAUAGCGAUUGUUCUAACACAGAUAGUCAUUUACAAAGAGUGGUUUGGCAAGGCUAUAUCGAGUUUCUUGCUGUGGGUGGUUGCAAAGAUGCUUCAGGCUAGGCGAAAGGGUAUUCUCGAAAAGCAAGAUAAAAUUAUAAUACGUACCGGAUCGGAUCAAACGACGAUGGAGAGCAUUGUAUCGGCACAAAUAGGGUUAAGAAGUGUGCACGAAAUUAUGAGGCAGACGAAUAUAGCAUUGCUCAAAAUAUGGUCAAUACUGGUCUCAAAAGCUCCAAAGCAUGCAAAUACAGUGAUGAUAGGGCUGAGUGGUUGUGCAUUCGUAUUGGCUGUGGUCCCGUUUAAGUUAAUUUUAGCUGCACUUGUGUUGAACGGUUUCUUGAUGACAUCGAAGUUUGGAAAGUGUAUGCAAAGCGAGCAAGGCAAUAGGAGACUGAAGGAAUGGUGGGACUCGAUUCCUGUUAUCCCAGUUGAAAUUUUGGACAAGGAAACAAAUAAGUCUGAAUAAUCGGUAGGCGAGUAACUUACAUUUUCGCAACUUUAUCUCUGUAUGUUCUUGUUCAUUAUUUUAUUUCUUUUUUCUGCAAUGUUAAUUGAUUAUUAGAACUAUUAACAGGUUGAUUAUGUACUUUACUUAUGGAGAAAACUGGAUGAAUGAAGCCAAUGUUUUUGGUGUUG